AUGUUACUAUAUCUAUUUUUAAUCAUUUCAAGUUUUUCAAUUACAUUUGCAGAUACUUCAGCAGAUCAACCCAAAUUUGAUCGGUCACAUGAAACUAUUUCUGUUGUUGUCGGUAAACGAGCAUUAUUACCAUGUUACGUAUCAAUACAAGAUGCUAAUAAUAAUAAUAAUGGAAAUAAUCCAUUUAAAAUUAUUUGGAUGAAAUUAAAUAAUAGUUCAAUUUUAACAAUGGAAGAUCGAGCUAUUAAUGGUGAUCCACGUAUAUCAUUAUUACAUGCAUAUGCUGAUGAAUGGAAUUUACAAAUUGAUGAUAUUGAUGAAGAUGAUGCAGGGAUUUACCGAUGUGUGAUUAAUACAGGAAUAUAUAAAACAUUAACAUUAGAUGUCAAAGUCCCACCGAAAAUAAUUGAUGAAUUAACAACAGAACCUUAUCCACCACCGAUAAGAUCCGGUUCAAAUUAUACAAUUAAAUGUUAUGCACAUGGAAAACCAAUGCCUAAAAUUCGUAUUAUUUCAUAUGACCAAACAGACAAUGCAAAAAUUAUCAGUGAUCAAAAUGAAGUAAUACUUUAUAAUGUAUCUCGUCAUACACGUCGUCGUUAUGAAUGUAUAGCUAGUAAUAGUUAUCCACCGGAUGUUGCACGUUCAUUUCAAUUAACAAUACAAUAUGCACCUGAAUUAACUCUUGCUCUUAUAUCUGAAACAAAUGAUGAAUUAACAUCAUCAUUAUUAUUUAUUGAUUCAAGUCAACAUGAAAUUCGUCUUAAAUGUCGUGUAUUAAUGAAUCCAUUAGAUAAAAUUUAUUGGAUGAAAGAUAAUAAUAAAUUAAUUAAUGAUUAUCAUAUACAUCAAUAUGUAUCAAUAUAUAUGGAAAAUUAUAUUAUAGCUGAACUUGUUAUAAAAGAUUUUUCAACUAAUGAUCAAGGUGAAUAUACAUGUACAGCAUCGAAUAUACUUGGAACUCAUUCAAAAAGUAUUCAAUUAAUUGCGACAUUAACGACGACAACAACUUCUACUACUUCUUCUUCAUCGACAACAAUGCAAUUAUCAACUUCACGAUUAAUUAUUUCACGUCGUAAACGUCCGAAACAUACUCGAACAACAACAAUAUCACAAAGAGAAUACUAUCGUUCAACAGAAAUCUUACGAGAGAUGACUAUCUCAUCAUCACAAGGUAAAUGA